GUUUUUGCUGAAGACUGAGCUUCGAGCGCCUUUUUCCGACGCCCGCCACCUUUCCCAUGGAAGCUGGUGGCCGAUCGACGUCAUCGUCGACGUUGCGCACCGCCACAGUCAAUACGAGCUGCAGAGGCGACCAUGUCUCGGUGGAACGAUGGUUCGUCCGGACGAAGCAACUGCGCGUGUCCGAACAGAACUUUAACCUAGUCCAGAGGGUUGAUAGACCGCGAAAGAGCACAAAGGAAUGGAUUACUGCUAUCAGGCUAUCAUUCAUACAUUCUCCUAGGGUAAUGCAAUACAGUACAGUCCCCCAUAAGAUGAGCAUUUUCGCCUCUAACCGUUGUGCGCGGGACCGUAGGACCAGGCGCGAAAACCAUCACUUCGUAUAAAGCAAGUCACACGAAUCGAAAGCAAGGAAGCAUUAAUCAAAUAUCACGUAGCAAGGAGAAAUGAACCAGGAGAACCCGAAGAACCCUGUGACACCGGCCCAGAUAGUAACAAUACACCCCCAUACCGUUUGAAAGA